GACGGUAUCGCCACAUCUGUCCGGGUCGGUGUGAAGAUGGAUCCGGAGCUGCUCAGGGUCCUGCUGCUGCUGCUGGUGCUGCUGGUGGCUGCCGUGUUACCAGUUUUCCAGGCUCAGAUGGUCACAGUGGAUGAUAGCGUGUCUGGUUUUAUUGGAACUGAAGUGGUUUUGCACUGUACAUUUGUGAACAACAACCCCAACAUCAAAAUAACUCAGGUCACAUGGCAGAAAGCAACAAAUGGAUCCAAGCAGAAUAUUGCUAUCUUUAAUCCACAUAUGGGAGUCUCUGUCCUUCCACCGUACAAAGAUCGAGUCUCCUUCAAAAAUCCAUCUUUGGACGAUGCCACAAUCCGACUGUGGAGCUUGGAAUUAGAGGAUGAAGGCGUCUAUAUCUGCGAGUUUGCAACCUUCCCAACAGGAAACCGUGAAAGCCAGCUUAACCUCACAGUCUUUGCUCAACCAGUCAAUUCAGCUGAACUUAGUCCAAACCCCAUUAUAGCAAGAGCUGGUCAAGUGGGAAAGAUUGUUGUAGCAACUUGUACAUCAGCCAAUGGGAAACCACCAGGCAUCAUCACUUGGGACACCAAAGUUAACGGAGAGAAGAUUGUUAAAGAGACUCGAAACCAAAACGGCACCAUCACUGUAACCAGCCAGUUCCUCGUGGUUCCAUCCAGAGGAGUUCACAAGCAACAACUGACUUGUGUCGUGAAUUAUCAAGCUGAGCGGAUCACCAAGAUGCUGAUGUUAAGUGUACAAUACGAGCCUGAGGUUACAGUGGAAGGAUUUGAUGGGAACUGGUAUCUGAAGAGAGAAGAUGUGCGAUUAAUGUGCAGAGCUGAUGGAAACCCACCUCCCACCGCUUACACCUGGAGGAUGUUAAAUGGGUCAUUGCCUGAAAAUGUGGAAAUACAGAACAACACCCUGUUCUUCAAAGGGACUGUGACCUAUGACCUUGCGGGGACUUAUGUCUGUGAAGCUACCAAUGCGAUCGGCACAAGAUCGGGUCUCGUUGAGGUCAACGUAACAGAGAGAGAAUGUUGCUAUCCAAUCGUAAAUUGCAAGGUAUAGAUUGUGCUACUCGCCAACUAUUAGAAUGUAAAAAACACUUGAUUAAGUCUGGAAUAUACUUUAAACUUG